CAUUAUUAACGCUGGCAUCCCAAGAGAUAUUCGCUCCGGCUCUUGGUCGAUUUUGACCUCUUCACCCACCUCAGCCUGUGAACUGCCGGUCAAAGAUGGAUACCAGACCUGCGCAUGACGAUGCCAUUUCUCCGUUGACGGACACUUCGAGUCCCACGAUGCUCGUCGCCGCAUCCCCUAUGGUUUCUUCGCCGACCGACUCCGCGUUGUCACGAUUCGAGCCUCUCUAUCGGCCUAACUCACCUCUAAGUUAUUUCUCGACAGGCUCAUCUGAUGGCCGACCCGUCGAACGAAAAAUCGAUUACGACUGCUUUCCCGAAGUAGUUGUCUCGGACGACCCCGAGCCGGCUGGAUUGGAGAAUCAAGUCACUGGAUAUAACCUGCCACAAGUGGACUACAGCGACGCACCCGAGCUGGAUAAACGGGACAUUGAGAUAUACUCUGGUCUUGAGGUUGUGGCAGCACCAGAACUAUCCACAAGAAAUGUGACGCCGUUAAAUCUCCUCGGAGAUCAGCCUGACUGGAUCGAUUGCCCUUUUUGCGAAAGACGAACCAUGACUACAAUAAAGAGGAAGCCUUCAAAUCUAACACAUAUGCAAGCUGCCUUUCUACUCGCCACCAUCGGUCCCGGCGUUGCUAUACCCUACGCUGCAAAAUGGUCUUACAAAAUACAACAUUAUUGCGAAAACUGCAACAAUAAAGUCGCCUAUUUAUCAAGGGGGAAGGAUGUGUUUGUUUGUAAGGCACCUCUGAGUUCAAGAGAAGCGUCAAGAUAUCCCGAUUCAAUUUAGUAUUACCUAAUAUGCAGCAGUAAGGUUUGGUCUCCAACAUCAGUCGUUGGCAAGAAGUAUAGAAGGUGUC